ACUUUCAUUUUCUCAUAAAGACCCUCCCCUUUUGACAAGCUAUAAAAUGAACUAUGAAACAGGUGCAGUAUUACAUUCUCCUCCUGAUCAAAGAUGGAUCUGCAAAUCUCAGUUUUUCUUCUCUUCAUCCUUUUCACUGCAGGACACUCUCUCAGCUGUUAUGAGUGUAUGGGUCUGACGGGUUCUUGUACGAGACAAACGGUAAAAACAUGUCCCAGUGGAUUUUCUCAGUGCAUGAGUACAACAACUGUGGCACAAGCUGGUGAGGUUAGUAAUAAAGUGAAGACUAAAGAUUGUGCUCCUGUCUGUCAAAGUGGGUCCUUGAACUUUGGCACUGGAAAGAUGACUAUUUCCUGCUGUAACACAGACAAGUGUAACUUCCAAGAUGCUCCAGAUCCCUCUAAUGUCCCCAAUGGAAACAAGUGUUUCUCUUGUGAUGGACAGAGCUGCACAAACAUAUUGAGCUGUUCAGGGACUGAAGACCGCUGCAUUAAAGCAACAGCGACUUAUGGAGGCCAGUCAGUUUCUGUAAAAGGCUGUGCAUCUAAAUCUAUUUGUGAUGCCACAGCAUCAAUUUCUAGUGUUGAGAGCGUCUCAUGUUGUGAGGGGAACCUGUGUAACGGUGCUCCGAGUGUCUCCCAGAGCUUCCUGUUCCUCUGCUGUUCUCUGCUCUCCUACUUCCUGCUGCACUGAACCCAGCAGCUCUUCACAUCCUACAAUAAUACAUAUAUCAAAUCAUCUAUCAGAAGAAAAUAUUAGAAUUAUUUUUUUAGUAAUCCAAAAAAAAAAAUAUCUGUUUAGUUUUUCAUGAGUUUGUAAAACAAUAAUUGCGUUCUCAAUAUCAGGAUUUUCCUGUUCAGUUAAAAAUCACAAAAGCAACAAAAGAAAUGAUCAGAUAUGAUGAUAACAUUUUACAAAUACUUUGUAAAUGUCUAUCAUUUUACCUCAAGCACAUCAUGCAAUUAAUUCUUUUGUAUACAACUCAGUUUUUGUUUGAGUGUUGAUUAUUAUAUCUGACAAUAAAUAGCAAUUUGAUAGUUUGAGCUUCAUUAAUAAUUGUUACGGGUUUUCUUUAAGCCUUUGUUUUUGAUAACAGGAGUGAGCAAGUUUUUCAUGUGUACAGAGUCCAUAGAAGCAAGCAAUGUCUUUCUUUAUUUUGUUCCAAUGAAUAAACAUUGCCUUAAAUCCA